AUGUCACGAAAUACAUACCCCGCUCCUCUAGUUAUCCUACCUCUGGGUGAAGAGCAUACACACACUAUUAUCUCACUCCAUGGAAAAGGUAGCAAUGCUGAACGCUUCGGUUAUGAGCUUCUUGCCGCUGCGAACCUACAAGCUCGGCUUCCCACGGUGAAGUUCAUUUUUCCGACUGCAAGUAAGCGGCGGGCAACGAGGUUCAAAAAGAUGCACAUCAACCAGUGGUUUGACAACUACUCCAUUGAGGAUCCCGGAGAGAGAACAGACUUACAGGUCGAAGGGCUCUGUGGGACUGCUGAAUUGAUUCGUGACUUAAUCAACGAAGAGGUCCGCAUCUUGGGUGCGCAUAACCAUCGAAAAAUCGUCCUAUGGGGGCUGAGUCAAGGUUGUGCUGCGGGUAUUUUUACUCUGCUAGGUGGCUGGCCCGACGCUACUGAAACAAGCACAAUCGGGGCAUUUGUUGGGAUGAGUGGAUGGCUGCCCUUUGAGCAGCAGUUCCAUGAAAUUCUGCAAUGUGGCGAGCUUCCUGCGUCGGUUAGAGACGACCAGGAGACUCGAUCCGAUCAUGACUCAGACUCAGACGACGGAGUGGCAGAUAUGCAACAGUCGAGCAGUGACGAAGAGUUAGACGCAAAUGCAGAUACCUUCUCGGAACUGGACUUGGAUGAUGAUCCAUUCGAAAAAAGCAGCUCUUCGCAUGAUGCUUUUGAUCCCUUUGCGGAUGGCGACGAAGAAGCCUCACUGCUUGAGCACGCCAUCAACCAUGUUCGGGAUAUUCUUGAUCUUCCAAUAAUCUCUGCAAGCGAUUAUUCAACGGAGGAUUCGCAACCACAACCAAGCUUCCAUCAUCUCCAGACGCCUAUUUUUAUUGGCCACGGCUCCGAAGACCUAAAGGUUUCUGUGGAACUUGGAAGAAAGAUGUCGCAUGUCCUUUCAGCCGGUUUUGGGAUGGAUGUGACUUGGAAGGCCUAUGAAGGGUUGGGACAUUGGUAUCGCGUGGAGGAUGAGAUCGAAGAUAUCUUGAGAUUUCUUCAGGAUACGGUCAACCUGCCAGUGAGAUAUGUGCCACCCCAAGACCAAGGCGAGUAA